AUGUGUGCACGUGCAACUACAGGGAGGUCUCCAGAUCUGCCCAUGGGCAACGAGUCUUAUCCUAGGGUGCUGGCAGCCAAUGGACUCGUCAGUCGGGUGUCCCUGCUUUUACAGCUGGCUACGGCUGUGGGUUCAACUUGGCUACUUGAACAACCGGGAUCCUCGCUGAUAUUUGGCCAUGAUCGUCUCAGACAGAUGCAACAAAACUUUGCGAAUGUGUCUGUGAGAGUAUGGAAACAACGGUUCUGGAUGAAGCACUACAAAUCCCCGACGGCCAAGAGCACGCUGCUAUGGAGCAACAGUGCGGUUGUUUCACGGUUCGACCUGGGUCCCUUAUCCAGGUCACAACUGAAGUCUUCGGUUCGCACUACAGAUCGUUGGGUGAAUGCUGCAGGGCGCAAAUGCUUCAAAGGCAACAAGAACCUACGGGGAACACAGCCUCUUGAUCACAACUACAAGUUUUGUGUUGAGCUGAAUCUGAACUUCGUUCCCACGCAUGAGAUGCACGGGACGUACACUGUGCACUUUGCCCGGAAGAUCGUUCAGUUGGCCCCCAUGCUCUUGGAUUCCGACACGAAAGACUGGGUCCAGGUCGAUGGGCUGCGAACCAUCCAGGCCCUGUUUGACGAGCUUCGCUACGACGAUGUUUGGGAUGCGAUUAGUUCCUCGGUCUUUGUAAACCGUGAGCUUGCCGCUGUUUGCUCGUUCUAA